UCUCUCCCCACCAUCUCCGACACCUUUAUAUCUUCUGUUCCUUUGCCAGCAGACUGGUAUUUCUCACCAUGGCUGCUCAGGCUAGUGAGGAUUUGAAAAAGCUUGACCUGAACGGUCAGAGCGGCGACGCCAAGGCGAACGCCCCUGCCGCUGGUCAAGCUGAAGCUGGAGAAGCAGAGGAUGAUUCCGACGACGAGGCUGAUGAGGGAAAUGCUACUCCCGAGGGUGCUGCCAGCGGAGCCGCCAAGAAGAAGAAGAAGCGCAAGCCCAAGAAGAAGAAGAAGGGCGGCGCUAAAGUCCAGAGCUCUCCUCCCCGCGUCCCGGUCUCGAACCUCUUCCCCAACAACCAAUACCCCGAAGGCGAGAUCGUCGAAUACAAGAACGACAACUCCUACCGAACCACCAACGAGGAGAAGCGCUAUCUUGACCGCAUGAACAAUGACUUCCUGCAGGAGUACCGCCAGGGUGCCGAGGUGCACCGUCAGGUCCGCCAGUAUGCGCAGAAGAACAUCAAGCCCGGCCAGACCCUGACGGAGAUCGCGGAGGGCAUCGAAGAUUCGGUCCGUGCGCUGACCGGCCACCAAGGCCUGGAGGAGGGUGAUAACAUCAAGGGCGGUAUGGGUUUCCCUUGCGGUCUCAGUAUCAACCACUGCGCGGCGCACUACACCCCGAAUGCCGGCAACAAGAUGGUGCUCAAUCAAGGCGACGUCAUGAAGGUCGAUUUCGGCGCGCACCUCAACGGCCGCAUUGUCGACAGUGCCUUCACCGUGGCCUUCGACCCGGUGUACGACCCCUUGCUGGAGGCCGUCAAGGAUGCCACCAACACGGGUAUCCGCGAGGCGGGCAUUGACGUCCGCAUGAGCGACAUCGGCGCCGCGAUCCAGGAGGCGAUGGAGAGCUACGAGGUCGAACUCAACGGAACCAUGCACCCCGUCAAGUGUAUCCGGAAUCUCAACGGCCACAACAUCGAUCAGCAUAUCAUCCACGGCGGCAAGAGUGUCCCCAUCGUCAAGGGCACCGACCAGACCAAGAUGGAGGAAGGCGAAGUGUUUGCCAUCGAGACCUUCGGUAGCACCGGCAAGGGCUACGUGCGAGACGAUAUGGAAACCUCCCACUACGCCCUGACGCCAAAUGCGUCCCCGGUGCCGCUCCGACUUACCUCCGCCAAGAACCUGCUGAACGUCAUCAACAAGAACUUUGGCACUCUCCCCUUCUGCCGGCGGUAUCUGGACCGGUUGGGCCAGGACAAGUAUCUUCUCGGGUUGAACAACCUGGUGUCUUCCGGCAUCGUACAGGACUACCCGCCCCUUUGUGACGUGAAGGGCUCAUACACCGCCCAAUACGAACAUACCAUCGUGCUGCGACCCAACGUGAAAGAGGUGAUCAGCCGUGGAGACGACUAUUAAGAGGUUCCCUCCCCAUUCGAGAGAUCUGGAGGAAACAAAAAAAAAGCUGCGGGUUUGCUUGACGUUUUGGGAUGUUAUAUAAAUACUGGUAUAGAAUCGCCAGCUCAACGAAUCAUGCAAAUGACAACGUGAAAACGAGAUCCAACAUUA